AGUAAAUCCACUAAUAAUAACAAAAUAAUAAUAAUAAUAAUCCGAUAUAAUUCUAGAACCGAAGGAUCAAGAUGGUUCACGAAUCAUCUUCUUUCCGCGUUUCUUUUGUAUAAAUCCACCUUCCAUUCCAUACACCUAGAUUCUUACGAUUCCUGAAAUUUGUACUUCACUUCACAUUCAUCUAUCAUCUUCAUUUACUUAGGGCUUCCUUCAAUUCUUGAACGGCUAUGGCGAAAGAUGGUCCCAACUGGGAUGGGUUGCUCAAAUGGAGUCUCGCUCACUCCGACGGAACUCGCCCUAAUCGUAAUCUCAGCGAGGAGGACCGGAGAUGGUUUAUGGAAGCAAUGCAAGCUCAGAGUGUUGAUGUUGUCAAGCGCAUGAAAGAGAUAACUCAAGUGAUGCAGACUCCUGAGCAAGUCUUGGAGGCUCAAGGUGUUGGUUCAGAGGAUAUUGAAGAUAUGCUUGAUGAGCUACAAGAGCAUGUUGAGUCGAUUGACAUGGCCAAUGACCUUCACUCUAUUGGUGGGCUGCAUCCUCUUCUCGGAUAUCUCAAGAAUUCCCAUGCAAAUAUUCGAGCCAAAGCUGCAGAAGUUGUGACCACUAUUGUUCAAAAUAAUCCACGAAGUCAGCAACUGGUGAUGGAAUUGAAUGGUUUAGAGUCGCUUCUCUUGAACUUUACUUCGGACCCUGAUGUCAUUGCUCGGACCAAGGCUCUUGGUGCUAUAUCCUCUUUAAUCCGACACAACAAACCUGGUAUUGCUGCAUUCCGACUUGCAAAUGGUUAUGCUGGCCUGAGAGAUGCUCUUGGCUCCGAGAGUGUAAGAUUUCAAAGGAAAGCCCUUAACUUGAUCCAUUACCUGCUGCAUGAAAAUACUUCAGACUGCAACAUAGUGAACGAGCUAGGAUUCCCUCGAAUUAUGCUACACCUUGCAUCCAGCGAUGAUGCUGAGGUACGGGAAGCUGCUCUUCGUGGCCUUCUUGAACUUGCCAAGGACAAGACAGGUGAGAAUGGUGGAGGGUUAGGUGAAGACGACGACAAGUUAAAGAAACUUCUUGAGGAACGGAUAAAGGAUAUCAGUUUAUUGUCACCUGAAGAUCUUGGGGCAGCUAAGGAAGAAAGGCAGCUUGUUGAUUCACUCUGGAACACCUGCUACAAAGAAUCAUCAUCUCUCCGUGAAAAGGGUCUUCUUGUUCUUCCUGGAGAGGAUGCACCACCUCCUGAUGUUGCUAGUAAGCAUUUUGAACCUCCUCUGAGAGCUUGGUCGGGAAGGCCUCCGGCUGAUACAAGUCCUAAAACUGAAAAGAAAGAAGCUCCUUUAUUGCUGGGCUUAGGUCCUGCACCUGCACCUGCACCUGAGGCUCGAGAUGUUACUUCCAGUUCUGCAGCGAAUACGAAUGAAGAUUCAACUUCAUAACUUAGGCUGUAAAUUUACUAAUUUCUACACCUGUUCAAUGGUUUUGCUUUCUCUCUCUUUCUCUCUGGCUAGAAGACCGUCAUGGUUGAACUUACACAACAACCAAGGCUGUUCAUGUCAAAAACACCAAAAAGGUAGCAGCCUCACAACUCCCUCCUCUGUAGUCAAGGGUGUAAUGUAGAUUUAUGCCAUCUUUGAGAUAUUUAUUACCAAUUUCAAUGCGAUGGAGUUCUAUUUUUGUGAUUAAUUGGAUUGAGAAUGAAAAGCUCAGAUACUGUGGAACUAGAAAAGAAUGUCAGACUAGAGCGUCGGCUAGAUAUUGGUCAUAUAUUAAUUUGUUAUGACGUUUCAAAUGAUCAAGGCAGAAGUCAGGAGGUUGCUAUCUGUAUUUUUAAUAUUUUCAACGAUAAAUUGUUUUCUUUUUUUCUCCGAGAUGUAGUAUUACCGGUUCUUUUUCUUUUA